AACCAAGUUCCCUUCAGCUGAAAAGGCGCUGUUGUCAUGACAACACAGAAACUUUGACAUGUCGUCUCUUUUAACAGACCCGUUGUUUGAAAUAUCUGGAAGGGCUCCUCCGCCCAGUAAGAAUUUUUAUUAUUUUGCUGUAACCAAGUCAGAUGUAAUAUGGAGAUGGUGGAUAAUAUCCAUUAGGACUGUAGACAGAAAUUCCAAGCCUGGGCAGUUGAGGGAGUCUCACCAGGACUUCUUGGAUGACACUGAGCUACAGAGUGAGGUCAGUAUGGUUUUUGGUCGCCAGAUCUUGCAGUACACCAAGGCUUUGUGCCAAGGCCAUUAUGAUUAUCUGGAGCGCCUAUCUGACUCCUUGCUUAUGCAGAUAAUAAAUUACCUACAGCUAGAGGAUGUGGGUCAGCUUGGAAGAACGUCACACAGGUUCAGGAAGCUGUGCAGUUCAGAGGAGUUUUGGGAGCAGGCAGUGCGGCAGCGGUGCAACACAGUUUCAGCUGAGGUGGCGUCUCUGGCACUUGUGGUGGGCUGGCGCAACAUCUUCUUCACAAGCAAACUGCAACUGCAGAAGUUGAUCAGCCGGAGAAGGCUGAACACAGAGGAGCAACGGGAAGAACAUGUUUCUGAUCCAGAUAGAAAGGCAGAAAAACUUCCGAAUGAGAACUCAGAUUCAGACCAGUUCUGAGGGGGAAUCUUGCCUAGCCUGGCAUUAUCCUCAUUCUAAGCUUCUGUCAAAUGCUACGUAAGUCCUUGUGUUUCAGCAUUACUGUUAUAUUGCUAUGUCAUUUAUGCACAUUCCUCAUACUAAAAUGAGUUGUGAAGAAGAUUAAUUUGUCAAAGGUAAACUUUUUAUUUUUACAGUUUGUUUUAUAUGAUUGUCACUCCUCUACAGGAUAUUUGGGGACAUUUUGUUAAAGUUGCCAUUGUGCCAUGACUUUUCUGACUGUUUUUUUUUUUUAGUUACAAUAGUAACAAAAACAAACAAAAAACUAAAGGAUAUGUAGUAAAGUGGUAGUAAAUAAUAACUGUUCAAUCCUAAGAUGCAAGUUGUGUUAUACAAUAUUGUAAGUUGAAGCCUGAAUAUAUAGUAUGCACUUCUGC